AUGACGCACCUAACCGCCCGAAACAACAUCUCGAUCGCCCUCAUCAUCCUCUACGUGCCGGCGCUCCUCCUCUCGACCUUCCUCACCAUCCGCCACGGCCUGGGCCGCUCGUCCGGCUGGCGCUUCCUGCUCACCUUCUCGCUGGCCCGCAUCCUCGCCGCGUGCUUCCAGCUGCGCACCAUCGCCGACCCGACCAACAUCUCCCUCUACAUCGGCGAAUGGGUGCUGCUGGGCAUCGCGCUGUCGCCGCUCGAGCUCAUCUCGCUCGGCUUCCUCUCGCGCAUCCUGUCCAGCAUCAACGACAAGGGCGGCAAGGCGACCCUCGUGACGCCGCGCCACGUGCGCCUGGUGCAGCUGCUCAACACGGCAGGUCUGGGUCUGGCCAUCGGCGGUGGUGUCGAGGCCAGCGAGAACAUCAGCCCUGAAGGCACCGUCUCCGUCCCGUCCCUGACCAAGGUUGCCAUCGCUCUGUUCAUUGUGUCUUGGGGCUUCAUCGUCAUCUUCACCGUCGUGACAUGGCCCAGCAUCAACUAUGCUGAGCCUGGCGAGAAGAGGUUGUUGGUCACCGUUGCUGCGACGUCGCCAUUCCUGCUGGUGCGUGUCGUGUAUACGGCAAUGAGUGUGUUUGGCGGUAGGCCGAAGUACAAUCCUGUGAUGGGUGAUCCUUGGUACCUGCUGGGCAUGGCUUUGAUUAUGGAGCUGAUUAUUGUGUACAUGUUUUUGGGUGUGGGAAUGACGUUGAAGAAGGUGGAGAAGGAGGAGAGGGGAAGGGAGAGCUCAGCGGAGAUGUCGAACAAGGGAAUGGUGGUUUGA